AUGGGUAACACACUGGCAAGCCUGAGGUCUGGAGAAGACUUCAUACAAACUGGCAUCAACGCUGAUCUCGCAUCUACAGUGAGUGAAAAGGUUCCAGUAGUGGUGGUCAGUGACUACCCUCCUCCUGAGGUCUGUGAGCCCCUGUUCAGGACCGGGGAGUGGCUGAGACUUAUUACAGAAGACGGCUACUGGCUGAAAGUUUAUUCUGUCGAGAGCAGAAAGGAAAGCUACAUCCCACGCUGUCAUGCUGCUGUGGUUUACCACGGGUGGCUGUUUGAGGGGAUCAUGAGACACAAAGCCGAGGAGCUUCUUCAGCUGCCGGAGAAUCGAGUCGGAUCGUUUAUGAUCAGAGAGAGCAGGAGAGGUCGGUAUACACUGUCUGUGCGCUAUAGAUCUAUAAUGCACUACCGGAUAGUCCGUAUGCCAAACAACUGGUACUUCAUCUCACCGCGCCUGACGUUCCAGUGCUUAGAGGACCUGGUAAACCACUAUUCAGACGUAGCAGACGGACUGUGUUGUGUUCUGAUCUCCCCCUGUCUCCGAGCUUCUGACCCUGUACGUAUCGCUCAGCCUGAUCCUGUAGUGAUGCACGGCUUCAACAGGACAACAGUGGACAGUUCAGAGUCGGUCCAUCCGAACGCUACAGGCUUCUCUACAAACAGAAACUUGUGCCUCAGUGUCGGGGUGUUGAACAGCGUGUCCUCAUAUCUCUCCCUGACCGGAGCAGAGGAGACAAAGAAACCCAGCUGGAAGAGGAAGUGGAGAUCUUUCUACACACUCCCCAGUCAACAGAUCCACAGUACAGGGAGUGAGGAUGAGGAUGGACACGCGGGGGUCGCAUAA